CUGUCACGUGUCGUGCAGGAAGUAGACUAAUGAUGUCCUCUAAAAGUCAUUCUACCGGCGAAGUCGGCAAACAAACAAAGAACAUACCAGUCUCUGAAUUAUCAUAUGGAACGGGUAUGCUUUAGGAUAUUGUUGAUACAUUAGUUAGGGCUUGCUGGGCACAUUUCUAUAAACAUGGCUUGUCCUGUUGUACUAUAUUGUUAACAUUUUAACUAUAGCUCGUUAGCUAGCUAGCGCACUACGCACGUAGCCUAGGCUCUGGGCUUGGCUAGUAGUUCAGGAGCUUGCCUACGCCGAUUCAGUUCUGCAUUGUAGAUUCACAACACGCUGACACGCAUAGUUAUUUUACCAUUUUUACAAACAGAAGUAUAUAUGGAAUAUAUACUUCUAUAUAAUAUAUAUAAUAUUUCUGAAGUAGUAAAACAACUGGCUAGCUAGCUAGCUAGCAUAUUCAGAAAUCCCCUGUCGUCAUGAUGCGAACCGGUGUGCACAUGGUGAGAAGUCUCUGCCGCGCACCUCAGGCCAUCAGCAACAACAUCACACCGUUUUCAUCUACCGGAAUGGUCCAGCUAGCUGCCCAGCGGACUUCCUGUAUCCGCUGCCGCAGCAUGGCGGUGUUGCCCUGGCCAUUCUCUUCCCAACCCAGAGACUUCAGCUUGCCCAACUCGUCCUGGGGCUCUGAGAUGAGGCAGCAGUAUGAACACUACAAGAGCCAGUGUGAGGAAAUGACAGAGGAAGGAGAGAAAAAGAGAGGGCCUUGGAGAAGACUGCCUAGUUAUAACCGCUCCCUCAAGUUUGCAACUGGUGGAGUGUAUCUGAGUAAAAUAAUCCAGUCCAAGGCUCGCCUCUUCACCAGGAACAUUAGGGAACAGGGAGCAGCGUUUGAGUACGUCAUGUUUGUCAACAAAGAAGAGCAGAAGUGUGUGUGUGUGUUCCAGGCUGGACAUCUGCUGGAAGGGCCUCCAGGGCAUGUCCAUGGGGGGGCGAUAGCCACUAUGAUUGACACGGUGAUAGGGACCCAUUCCACCUACCUCUCUGGACCAGUCAUGACUGCCAACCUUAACAUCAACUACCGCAGCCCCAUCCCAUUGGGCAGCACAGUAUUACUCCACUGCUCAUUGGAUAAAAAAGAAGGGAGGAAAACGUUUGUGACCUGUCAGGUGACUAGCACCGACGGCUCCAGACUACACACAGAGGCCACAGGAUUGUUUCUUUCGGUCAACAUUGGCCACAUUUUGGGAGUGUGACUCGCCAACUAGCAACCAACUAGCAACCAACCAAUCAAAAUGAGUAAUAAGAUGACAGAAACACAGUUGUCAAACUGUGUGUGUGUGUGUGCGUGUGCCAGUCCUCCUACCUCUGAUUUGCUUGAGUUGCAUUCUGGGAAUUUUCAGAUGUGGAACCUUUCCAUGGUAUUUUCCGGGCGUUAGGGGGAAUUAAUGUGGAAUUAUUUAUUUAGUCACAUAUUGCAGUUUCCAUGUCCCUAUACAGACAUAAAUAAUCAGUAUUGGUUUGAUUGAACAGGUUUUAAAGUAUAUAAUUGGAUGAUAAUAUAUUAUUAACCCUCCACAAAUAGCAGGAUGAAGCUAAAAACUUAAAUUCCUGUAUGACAACAAACACGUACUACUGAUAAAAGCAUAAGAUAGCAAGUUAGAAACUAAAAGGUUAUUUACAAUUUUCACAUGAAUUCCCAUGAGAUGGGGCUGUUUUCAUUAUGCCAAUAGCACUUAAAUUACACUAUUUUUUGUAUUUUUCAACUAAAUCAAAUAUUACUGUUAUAAUAGAAAACUUUUACUGUCAUUAGCAAGGUAUUAAUUUAUGUGCACUGAACUCAACGGAAAUAAUAGCACUUACAUUAUAUUUUGUUAUUUCAAAUCCCAUGGAUUUUUUGGGGGAAAAUGUCCUGACAUUUUCUGGAUAUUUUCCACCACUUAACAAUCUUACUGCUGACCCAGAGUAUUCCGUAAAUCUUUCAAAUACAUCAGACAUGCUCCAUAUUAAAUGAGUAACUUGUCAACUUGUCAGUUCAGAGUGAUGGGCUAUGUAGGGUGAUCUACCUCACAAGGCCUCGCCUACAAUGUUUAGGCUUACAUGUCUUUAUUUAAGCCUAAAAUGUUUUUUAAUAUAUUUUUUUUACUGAAAGCUUUUGCUGCAUUUACAUUUGAACUGAACAAACACAUGUUCAGGGUGCCUUACCUUCUCCACCCUUACAAACCUGAAAACACUCACCCCUGAAUGGGUUGAUAUUUAAUGAACAAAUGAAUUUAUUUAUUGUAUUUAUUUUAAAUGCAUCUCUAUGUCUAUAAAAAAAUAUAUUUCAUAUGUUUCUGUGAUGAAGUUGGUCUUUUGGAAUUGAAAAGUUAUACUAAUAACAUGUGAGCAUGUUGUUGCUUCUUUAAUAAAUCCUUUAAUGUGG